AUGAGGGCUGUGAAUCCAUUUUUAUCUUCCUACAUCUGGCGAUGGCCGAAGUAUGGGGCCCAGAUGGCCCAAGCAUGGAGACACCCAAAAGGAACUGACCAUUGUCUCUUCCUUUGUGAGAAGGAAAAUGGGCAGGAGUCUGAGGCAGCUUGCCAGCUGGGACUUUUGUUACGGUGGCUGGAACUAGAAUAUGUCUCAGCCAGAGACCCAAGACGCCAUUCCGUUAGAAUCCUGGAAAGUGAGAUCAACACUGGGGUGUGGGACGGAAGUCAGGGGGCUCAUAACCGCCAUGCUGAGGAAAAGCCUUCUGCUCAGUUAACGGAAGAAGCUGUGAGCACCGAGUACUCCAGCAGAGCCAGGUCCCCCAGCCCCAAUGGCAGCCGCAGCCGGUGCCCAGGAGCUCCUGUUUGUAUUGCUUCGCUGCGCAAAAGGCGAGGCAGCGUGCCCGUCACCCGCGUCCCUGCCUUUGCACAGGCUCAGCAAAAGGCUGCCGGGGGCACAAGGUAUCCCGAGUGCAUGGGCUUCCCCCGGGAGUCCUGCCGUUAUCCCAAAGGACCUACUGGCAUUAAAUGCCAAAGUGCUGUCCAUGGGGUAGUAAAUCACGAGUCUUAUGGAGCUGCUCCACAUAAUACUGCAGAGGUUGAUGAGAAUGGAUGUGGAUACCCAGCAGAUGACAGCGUUGUUUGUGUGUCAGCACUACUGGAAAGCGUGUCAGGAGCAACUGCAGCCCUCGGAGCAGUAAAUGCACGAUGCUUGAUAAAAGAGCAAAUUAAGUGCCAAAAGGAUUAUUUUCCAUGCAGAAAACAUACAACGUGCCUCCCGCGGGCAUUUCAUUGUGAUAGCAUAAAUGACUGCGAGAAUGGUGCAGAUGAAGAGAACUGUGGAGAUAAUAGUGGAUGGGCAAGUAUCUUUGAUAUGGUUCAUGGAAAGUCUGAUUAUCUGGAUUUAUCCAAAGAAUUCUAUCUCCACCAAUACUCAGAAGGUCACAGCUGCAUGGAAACAGAACUAGAAUGUGCUGCGUUAAAGUCUGUUCCAUUUGUUUCAAGUAAUGUAACCCUCCCAUAAGCAGAGUCGCUCACACACAACCUGAUCCAUUCUCUUCCAGAUUAAGUUUUCAGCAAGCGUACAAAGGUGAAGAAAAUAUUUCUACAACACAAUUGCAUUCAGACAAUAUCAAGGAAAGCAUUCUUUGGACUAUGCAAUCUUCAGAAAUUGUAUCUCAGUCAUAAAUGUAUCACUAGUUUGAAACCUGGGGUAUUCAGAGAUAUACACAAAUUGAAAUGGCUAAUUCUAGAUUAUAACCUAAUAGUGAAAAUUUCCCAGCAGUUUUUUACUGGGGUAAAGCCUUUUUUUUUUUUUCAAUCAGUGAUAAACAAUUCACUUGAGACUCUACCCAAGAUCUGUACUCAAAUGUCAUUACCUUGAUGUAAGGAUCUUGAACGCAAUCAUAUUAAGGCCCUAACUAAUACCACCUUCCUGGCAUGCGAUGCACUUACCGUAUUGUUUCUUCAUGGAAAUCAAAUUUGCUUGCUGCCUGCAAAUACCUUUUCCUCAUUAAAAGAUUUGGUGGAAUUGGAUCUGUCCAGCAACAUGAUAACAAAAUUAUGACAUUUUAUUUUUAUAGACCUGAAGUAUUUACAAAAGCUCAAUCUGUCUUUCAAUCUACUUUCUCACUUCUCUGAGGAUCGCUUCGAAAACCUUCAGCAGCUUCAGUCACUAUACCUGGAAAUGAUUGAGAUUCUAAAUAUAAAUGGAAGAAUGUUUCAACGUAUGAGGAACCUCUCCCACAUGUAUAUAUCUACUUCAAAAAGUUUCACUUAUUGCUUCUAUGCGGUUCAUGUGUGACUAUGCACAUCAUUAACAGAUGGGAUUUCAUCAUUUGAAGAUCUCUUAGCUGACAAUGUUCUGUGAGUAUUUGUGUGGGUCAUAGCUUGUGUUAUAUGUUUUGGAAAUCUUGUCAUCAGAAUGAGAUCACUUAUCAAAGCAGAAAAUGACAUGUACACCAUGUCUAUCAAAAUUUCCUAAGUAUGUGCUGAUUGUCUUAUGGGGGUGUAUUUGUUCUUCAUUAGAGUUUUUGAAGUUAAAUACCAUAGACAGUAUGAAAAAUAUGCUGUGCUGUGGAUGGUAAGUUUACCAUGCCAUAUCAUGGUGUUCAUCACCAUGCUAUCUACAGAGGUCUCAGUCCUGUCGUUGACAUAUCUCACCUUAGAAAAGUAUUUAGUGAUUGUCUUUUCCUUCAGUAAUAUUCAUCCUGGAAGGCAGCAGACAGUAGUGAUUCUUAUAUCCAUAUGGAUUGCUGGGUUUGUCAUAGCAAUAAUCCCAUUCUAGGAUGAGGACUUUUUUUGAAAUUAUUAUGGGAAAAAUGGAGUUUAUUUCCCAUUGAAUUCUGAUCAAAGAGAAGAAAUUGGAGGCAACAGGUAUUCCCUUGGUAUUUUUCUUGGUGUGACCCUGCUAGCCUCCAUCAUCAUGGUGUUUUCAUAGGUCAGCACGUUUUGUUCUGUUCAAAAAACUGCCCUUCAGUCAUCAGGAGUCCAGCGUCACGUUCGCAGGGUUGUUGCUGUUGCCAAUCAAUAUUUUUUUAUAGUAUCCACUGAUGCCAUCUGCUGGAUUCCUGUCUUUGUCAUUGGAAUCCUCUCCUUAUUCCAGGUGGAAACUCCACACACUAUCCCUUCCUGGAUAGUGACAUUUGUUCUGCCAAUACGCAGUGCCCCAAAGCCCAUUCUCUAUACUCUCACAACUAGUUUCUUUAAGGAGAAGUUGAAGCAGUCACUGGACCGUUAUUGAAGGAGGGCAAUUUUCAAAAAUGAUGAAAAAACUUUGGCCACUUCAGUCACAUGGGCAGAUGAUCCCCUCACCCAUAGCUCUUCAUUUAUGCUUGGAUUUUAA